AUGACUUUAGACUCAGCUUCAACGAAUGACGACAUAAUUUCUUUACAUAAUGAUUAUUUUGAUAAAAAUUUCCCCACCAAAGAUUUUCCACAAGAUGAUUUUGAAAUAUUAUCAACAAUUAGAUAUGAUCCAAAUUUAACUGAGAGCCCCCCUAUAGAAUAUGAAGAUAUAACAAAUUUGAAUUUUUUUCUUUUGAAGGAGCAUGUGGACAGAUUGAAUUUUACAUUACAAUUUUUCAAUCAUUUACUUGGUAAGAAAAUGACUUUUGAAAUAACUGAAGAUUUCUUUCUACUGCAGUUGGUUUUGAGUUUGAAAAAACUGGAAAAAUUGAUGUUUAUCCCUUACAAAAUUAGAGUUCUAGUCAAACUCGAUGGUUCAGUGAAAAUUGAAAUUUAUGAAACACCAAACACUACUAACUUAUUAUUCGGCUUGUUUCCUCAAGUGUCAGAAUUUGAUUUAUAUUUCGAUCAAUUAGAUCUGGAAAAUGAUUGGGAUAUUUAUAAAAACAAAGAAUUGUCUUUAAUUUCCCCAUUCACUUCUUUCAAAACUACAAAAAGAGACGUAUAUAAUCAAGCAAGAUUAAUUUUACCAGGAAACAAACCAGGAAAAGAAGAAGUGUUACUUUUCAAUUCCCAAUCUCAGUUAAUGGAAGGCUCAAUUACAAAUGUUGCUAUUAAAAGAAGUUAUGAUGGGAAAUGGGUUACUCCAUUACUAAGUUCUGGAUGUUUAUGUGGUGUGACAAGACAUUUUUUAUUGAGAAAGAACUAUAUUGAAGAAGAUACUAUCACUUUGGAUCAAAUCAAUUUAGGUACAGAAUUGUUAUUAUUCAAUGGAAUAAUCGGCGUAGUUAAGGGAAAAGUAGUUGGAUAA